GAGUCCAGAUGAAGGUGAGGCUGGUGUCGCGGCGCUCUCUGUUUACCUGAGACACCUGUGCACCUGUGUUUUCACCACACACACAUUCACGUCCGCCCUCUGGCCGAGAGAGGACCAGGACCCGACUGCUACAAGAAUGAAGAAGCUCUCGGUGCUGUCCCUGCUCCUCUGGAUGUGUGCCGUCUACUUUGUGGGCAUCUACCUGUUUGUGGGCGGGUUCCUGCUGGUGAGACUGGAGGUGAACAGGACCAGCACCUGCGGAGACGUGCUGCAGCCCGGAGAGGAGCCGGUAGACUUCUGCCGCGUCCAGCCGCGUUUCCGCAGGGCCGUCCUCCUCAUCAUAGACGCCCUGAAGAUCGACUUCGCCUGGUUCGACCGCAACAACACAGCACCCAGACCUUAUGAGAACAAGCUGCCCGUCCUGGAGGAGACGGUGUCGUCCCAGCCUUCCCACAGCCGCCUCUACCCUUUCCGUGCUGACCCGCCUACCACCACCAUGCAGAGGAUCAAGGGCUUCACCACCGGCUCCCUGCCCACCUUUGUGGAUGUGGGGAAUAACUUUGCAUCCAGCGCCAUAUUGGAGGACAACCUCAUCCACCAGUUUGGGCAAGUGGGCAAACGGGUGGUGUUCAUGGGAGACGACACUUGGGAGAAUCUUUUCCCGAAGAAGUUCCACCGCUCUCUGCCUUUCCCUUCUUUUAACGUGAAGGAUCUGCACACGGUGGACAACGGGAUCCUGCAGCACCUCUACACCACUAUGGUGGGGGACGACUGGGAUGUCCUGGUGGCUCAUUUCCUGGGAGUGGACCACUGCGGUCACAGGUUCGGCCCCGACCACCCGGCCAUGGCCGACAAGCUCACGCAGAUGGACGGAGUCAUCAGGUCUGUGAUCGACCGGCUGCAGAAUGACACCCUGCUGGUGGUGAUGGGAGACCACGGGAUGACGGACACCGGAGACCACGGCGGGGAGAGUCAGAAGGAGACGGACGCUGCUAUCUUCCUCUACAGUCCUUCUCCUUUGUUUCCUGGACCUCCGACACAGAGUGAACCGGACGUGGUGCCCCAGACGGACCUGGUGCCCACCCUGGCUCUGCUGCUGGGGGUUCCUAUCCCGUACAGCAGCGUGGGCCAGGUCCUCCUGCCUUUAUUUCCUUCUCACGAGCAGACAGAAGGUGCAGUUGGACGCCUCAGCCAGCUGGAGGCGCUGUGGAUCAAUGCCAAACAGGUGAACCGUUUCCUGGAGACGUACUCCGGCAUGGCCAAAGACAUCCCGCCAGAGAGCCUCGCUCGGCUGAAGGCCGACUUCUCCCGCCUCUCCUCCGAGUACCUCGCCGCGGUCCGAGAGGGUCGGCCCCCCUCGCCACAGCUGGCCGCCUCGCUGCAGGCCUACCUCACCUCCGUCAGAGACACCUGCCGCGCCACCUGGGCGCGCUUCAACCCGCUGAAGAUGGCGGCGGGGUUGGCCAUCCUGGCGUUCGCCUGCCUGACGUGCUUCAUCCUGUCGGAGCUGUCCCUGGUGCUGAUCCGGGAGAACGGGCCCGGGCUGAAGGCCCCGGUUGCCGUGGCGCUGAUAUCGGGUGUGUGCGUGGCGGCGUGUCAGGUGGUCACGCAGGGCCACGUGGAGGCGGCGUGGUGCCUGGCGGCGGCCGCCCUCAGCUCCGAGCUGCUCUUCCUGUGGAGAGCCCGGCGGUCCAGAAGCAUCACGGUGGAGAAGAACGGCUCCAAAGCUCCGAAGAGCUGGCUGACCCCGCGGCGCCUCCUCAUCCCGCCGCUCUUAGUACCGCUCCUCCGCUGUGCCUCGCUGCUCUCUGACAGCUACGUGAUCGCUGAAGGCCGGGCGGUAACCUUCCUGCUGUUCUCUCUGGCGCUCUACGUCCCCGUCCACCUCAACUGGGACGGCCUGCUGCUCCCGCCCAGCCACGACCCCCUGAAGGCCGCAGGCUUCCUGCCCUCCCCGGCUUUACCUCCAUCCACCGUGAGGAAGGAAAGCAGCACCCUGUUGGCGUGUUUAGGCGUCCUGGUGGGCAGCCUCUACCUCUCGCUCUCCUUCCACGCCUGUCGGGAGGAGCAGGGCUCCUGCCAGCCGUCCCCGUUCCUCGCCCCUCUGUCCCGGCUGCAGAACAGCCAGCUGAAGAACCUCCACUACGUGCUCUCCGUCUGCUCCCUCGGCUUGUGGACGUAUCUGCUGAAACGCUGCCUGCGUCACUACGGCAACCUGAACUCGUCCGGCGGGACGGUGUUCACGGCCCGCUGGGUGCUGCCGCUGCUGUCCGUGUGUCUGGCGUUCCACUGGGCCGUCAGCGCCACUCCGGAGGACAGCUUCAGGAACCUGGCGGAGCUGAUCAGCCUGGCCCAGCUGGCGCUCCCCAGGGCCGCCUUCGGCCUCCUGGGACUGGGGCUGCUCCUGAUCUGGCUGGACCCCCUCACCGUGUUCGUGAAGCCGAGGGCCUCGCCUUCGACCCGAGGCUCCUCUCUGCCGCCGCCGCCGCGCUACCGGGCCAGCACCGGCAUCAGCCCCCAGGCGGAGCUGCACCACCUCAUCCCUCAGAUCUACCAGCGCAUGCGUCGCUCGCUGGACGACGGAGAGCUGAGCGGGGGCGGCGAGGUGGACAGCAGCCCCGCUGUGAAGGCCUACGGACUGGGAACCGUCUACUCGGCUCCUUUGCUGCUGUUUUGCGGCAUGCUGGGAGUGGGGCUGCUGCUGCUGCACCCCGAGGGCAUGGCGCUGUCUUUCCUCCUGCUGCUGCUGGAAAUGGGGGCUCUGCUGCACAUCCACGCCUCCUCCACCACCCUCAGCGGCCUGCAUGGAGCAAACUCUGGUGGCUUUAACGUGCCCUGGACUCCAGUCGUGCUGUGGUCUCUGGCUGCCACUCAGUUCUUCCACGCCACAGGUCACCUCCCCACCUUCCCCUCCAUCCAGUGGGGGGCAGCCUUCGUGGGAUUCCCUGACGGACACACAGGCACCGUGCUGCCCGCCUCGCUGGUCACCCUCAACACUUUUGCCUCACACAUCUUGUUCGCAGUGGGUUGUCCCUUGCUGCUGUUCUGGCCGCUGGUGUGUGAGGUGCGGGGCAGCAGAGGAGGACGAGCUUGUGGGGAAGAAGGAGAAGACGCUGUGAUGGAGAUGAGACUGAGAGAAAACCCCGAACAGUUCAGCUCCGCCCUGCUCCAACUGUCAACACGCUACCUCUUCCUACUCGGAGCACAGGUCUUUGCUUCCGUCUGUGCAGCUGCUAUCCUCAGGAGACACCUAAUGGUGUGGAAGGUUUUCGCACCCAAGUUAAUGUUCGAGGCCUCGGGCUUCCUGGUGAGCAGCGUGUUCCUGCUGAUCGGGGUGACGUUAGUGCUGAGGGUGGACGUGGCGGUGGGCAGCUGGUUUAAGAGACUCGUCCCUGAAGCCUCCAGGUAGCGACGGCGCUUUACCGCAGAAGGCCACCAGAGCUCACUGUGCCACAGAGAACACGGACAUGGAGGUGUCACUGUAAAGCUUUUAUAUGGACCUUUCACACACACAAAAAAAAAAAACAUUACCAUCUGUGUGGAGCAUACGGAUCCCCUCAAACGUGUCAUGUGAGGUUGCCACUUUUUGUUACUCUUUUUGAGGGCUAUUUUGUUCUUUAUUAACACUGAGGCCAUUGGGACAUCAAAUGUUGGACUGACUGAACUCUUAGCAUCUGGAGCCACAUUGAACAUUUUGUUGUUGUUGUUGCUGUUGUUGUCUUUUACACUGGUAAGAUGAUAAGCUUGUACACCACCUCAUUCAGCUCAUGAGGUUGAAGGCUUAUGUUGUCAGAGAACGGACAGCAACUCCUGAAUGUCUCUCCGAAACUCCUGUUUUCUAACUGAUAGUAUGGAUGAAACUUUCAAAGCUCUCCAAGCCAGACAGUCUUGCAAACGGUUCAUGGUGCAGCAGUUAAAAAAACUAAACAGUUUACACUAGCUACAUGCCUGUUACAGCUGGCUAGCAACAGUAUUUAAGCUAAAUUGACACUCAAAACACAUGUAUGUGCAAGUUUAAUGUAAUGGAAAAAAAGCAACAAUACAGCACGUGAAUGUUACGGAAGCCCGUAGAGGCAAGUGAGGAAAAAAUAUCUUGUGCUCCAUUUUAACACAUGAAUGCUUUUAGUCCUUUAUAGAACAGAUAGAAAGAUUUGCAUGAGAAAAGCUUGAUGGAAACACAAAAAUUCUAUAACAAUUUUGAAAAUACACAUAAAGGGUCAUCAAUAUAGGUCGUAUGCACAGGCAUAAAAAAAAAAAAGAUCGAUAUUGACGCAUUUCACCACCCACAUCAAUGCGUUUGCUGCUAUCCUGUUGAUGUAGCUAAAGUUAAAAUGGCAGAUUUCCACAAUUUGCUAGAGGCUGGUGUUGGUGGUUGGGUCGAAUAAAUGGCGGACUUUCACCCAGUAGAGCGGGAUUCGAGUCCUGUGUGAAAACAAAAGUGAACAAUUUUUAACUUGAGUUACGUGAAUCACAUUUUUUAACGUUACUUACAUUUUUUACGUAACUUGCAGUACUCAUGUGAUGCUUGUAACUACUUCACUUACGGCAAUUACAUACAUUUAUUUACUGUUUAAACUGUCUUUUAUAACGCCUAACCAGUUGGUUUUUACACUUACUUGCAGUGGUUUAUAUUUAAUGUGCUUAACGAUUUUUUUCAAAUAAGUUCUGACUUAGCGAACAUUUAACUCGCCUGACUGACGAUCGGCUGUUUCCGCUCUGCCAAAUCCAAAUCCUGGAGACUUUUCUCCCAUUUUCUCUCGUGGGUGAUCAAAGUUGUCUGAUUAGCAACCUAGUUUUUGUUGUUGUUUCGUCCCUUUCCCCCAUCGCUACUUUGACUGUUUUAUGUCUCGCACAAUCUCGACUUCUUCGACUGUUAACUGAUAGAUUAGUCUACCGAAAAACAUUACAACAUCUUCUGACAAAAGUACUUUAUGCAGCUUUGUUUAAUCUCUCAAAACCAGUCGAUGGAAAUGUCCCUAAUUUGCAUUUUCUUUAUUGCGACAAUAGAAACAUGGCGAUAGACCACCACAAAUAACGGGCAUAGUCAUUGUGACAUCACCAACUAUUUCAUGGACUCCAGUUUUGUAGUCUUGAGUUUGUAUUUUGGCAGUUACCAUAUUUUUCUUUUACAGGUGCAUCUCAAUAAAUUAGAAUUUCAUUGAAAAGUUUAUUUAUGUCAGUAAUUCAAUUCAAAAACUGGAAAUAACACAUUAUAUAUAUCCAUUACACACAGAAUGAAACAUUUCAUGUCUUCAUUUAUUUGAUUUCUUCUAAUUAUAAUGAUUAUGGCUUACAUUUAAUGAAGACCUAAAAUUCAGUGUCUCAAAAAAAAAAAAGUAAUAUUACAAAAGACCAAUUUUAAAAAGUAUGAUUAAUAUGGAAAUGUUGGCCUCUGAAAAGUAUAUCCAUCUAUAUGACUCAAUAGUUUGACUUGAACUACUAGAAAUGGACUUUUCCAUCAUAUUCUAAUGUAUUGAGAUGCACCUGUACAAACUGUUUCACAGAUUUAUAAAAAA